AUGUGCCUGGAAACAGCAGUUUUCAAUGAAGCAACCGACAGUGUACUCAGUAUAGAUAUCAAUGGAGGAGAAAUAGUCGCCGGUUCAGCUGAUGGCAAUUAUCGAUUGUACAGUAUCAGGGAGGGAAAUUGGUAUCUCGACUUUGUAUGUUUUAGUUAUACCGGUCAUAAGAAUUCUGAGUACAAAGUGGACAGUUGUGUAAUGGCUUCGAUCGAAGAAGUUGUGUCGGGUUCUGAGGAUGGAUUUGUUUAUAUUUGGAGCUUGCUUGACAGCGCUGUGAUAGCAAAACUGGAACAUCCGUCGAAAGUUGUCCAUUCGCUAUCGACUCACCCGAAGAAGCAGCAUCUUUUGACUGCCGCCGGCCAGAUGGUGUAUUUAUGGGUGACAAAGAACGACGAAGAUUUUGAGUGCUGA